CUUCACAAAUGAAUGCAACAUUCCUGGAAACUUCAUGUGCAGUAAUGGACGCUGUAUCCCAGGGUCCUGGCAGUGUGAUGGGCUGCCAGACUGCUUUGAUGACAGCGAUGAGAAGGAAUGCCCAAAAGCCAAAUCCAAAUGUGGCGCCACAUUCUUCCCCUGUGCCAGUGGGAUCCACUGCAUCAUUGGCCGCUUCCGCUGCAACGGCUUCGAGGACUGUCCUGACGGCAGCGAUGAGGAGAACUGCACAGCAAAUCCCUUGCUUUGCUCUACUGCCCGAUUCCACUGUAAAAAUGGUCUUUGCAUUGAUAAAAGCUUCGUGUGUGACAGUCAAAAUAACUGCCAAGACAACAGUGAUGAAGAAAGCUGCGAAAGCCCUCAAGAGGCAGGCAGCGGCCAAGACUACGUGACCUCAGAAAACCAGCUGCUUUACUACCCCAGUAUUACCUAUGCCAUCAUUGGUAGCUCUGUCAUUUUUGUACUCGUGGUGGCCUUUCUUGCCUUGGUCCUGCACCACCAGCGGAAGCGCAACAAUCUCAUGACGCUGCCGGUGCAUCGCCUGCAGCACCCUGUGCUUCUGUCCCGGCUGGUGGUCCUGGAUCACCCACACCACUGCAGCGUCACCUACAACGUCAACAACGGGAUACAGUACAUGUCCAACCAGGCCUACCACAGGCCUGUGGACCUGGACUCCCCGCCAUCCUACUCGGAGGCUGUGCUCGACCAAAGCAGACCACCUUGGUUUGACCUUCCUCCACCACCUUAUUGUUCUGAAUCUGAAUCCCCUAAUCAACCAGAUCUUCCUCCUUACCGAUCUCGGACAGGAAGCUUGGCCAGCACAGACACCCCCAGGGCAGAAAGUCCUCUGGGCACAUCCAACAGUGGAUGGACAAGAGACAUCCAUGGCAGCAUGGAUGGCCACAGAACUCUUCUUGGGAGGACAGUAGAUCAGAGCGAUUCUCUGGUCAACCACGUCGCUGAAAGAGAAGUGUAACUGCUCCAGUAUUUGGGACGGGCAGGAAGGCUUUUACUGUGUCUGUAUGAGUUAGUCUGCAGUGGCUAAUAGGUUUCAGGGGGACAUGUGCCUGAAUGAUGACUUGAUUUGAAUUCACACUAAGUUAGUAUUUGAAUUCAGCAUUUUGGACUCAUCAAGUAUAGAGGGCUAAACCUGGAGUCACAUCAACUCUCCAUAAUAUUUCUGUGAGCAGGUUCUGGUUCAGACAAAUAAGAGAAACAUCAGUACUGUGUCAAAAGAACUGAUGUGAUGUAUUUAUUGGACUGCUUACUGUAUAUGAAUGUAUAUAUGUAUGUGUAUAAUAUAUACAGAAGUUCCACACAAGAACUGUGCCAGAAGGACUCUUGUUUUCAAACUGCCUCCCAUCUUGUCAGCAUGUGAGCUGUUUCUUCUUACUGCCUGGUGCCAACUGGUGGUCAAUGAAGCACGAGAAGCAGUCGUUCUGCUUGGAGAUCUGAUGCCCAAUGCCAGCCCCCUGGCAGUGCUCAAAUUGCAGAUGUCCUACUUGACCCCUCUCUUCAUGGCCUGGAACAUUCUCACCAUGAAGGAGUUUUAAGCUUGUAAGGAUGCAACAACUGUAUCUGAGCAAAACAAGGUUUUUUUCACAGAUGCUAAUAUCUAGGCCAGAUUUGCAUGGGUUGUCUCAGCAACACCACAAAGGUUUAUCUGUCAGACUUCAAGGCUGAGUACAGAGGCACUGAAGCUUCUCAAAAAUGCAGCUCAAGACUUCUUUUUCUGUGUGGAAAAACAACAUUACUCCAUGUAUUCCCUCUUAAAAAAAAACCCAACCCACAACUAAAUAACAAAACAAAGAAAACAUCCGAAUUAUUAAAGCUAAAUCUUCAACACCAAAACCAGUCUGAGGCAAACACCCAGCACAGAAAGCUUUAAGUUCAAUGGCUAGUUUGUUAUAUCGGUAAAAUAUCUGAAAGUAGGUCACAUGGUGGAAGGUGUUAGGCUUGUUGUCCCUGUCUUUAGUGUGUGUAAGUACAUGCAUGGAUAUACAUGUGUAAUACUAUGUGUAGGUAUGUAUGUAGUGCAUCACAUAGGUUUAGUUCUGCUGCUCCACAAGAACUCUAGAUGUCAAAGUUUCAUUUUUGAUGAUCUCAUUUUUUAUGGAGAUUGCAUUAUUCAUGUUCGUUUGGUUGAAAUUCUAACUUCUGCAGAAAACGAGGAUUAUUUAUGUCUUUUUGUCCUAACUCUUGAAUGAUCUCCUGUCGAGUGUGUUUCAGUGCACCUUAUUGAAAUCACCCAUGUGAAAGCAUCUCAGAGGUAAGGGUAUUCAGAGUGGUAAGAGGGAAGAAGCCAUGAGUUUAAAUGCCACUGCAGUGCUGUGCUUGUGCUCCAUAUACAGAAAACAAUGCAGUGUCUUCCUCUUGUCCAGGCGGAAAUUUGCCAUGAAAAAUUAUUUGUGUUUGUCUAUCCUGCAUUUCCCACUCCUUCUAUGCAAAAGAACCGUGCCAUUAAGCAGCCUUUGCUGUUCCAAGGAAAUGAAGGAAGCAGACUGCCCACACCUCUUGCUUUCUUCUUCCCAUCUUUCUAAGGUAACUUCUUUCACCCAAAAGUUACAUGUUCAGAACCCAAGAAUUUUUGAGCUGGAGUGUAGUACAUAACUACUGCCAUGUUAUGUAAGAGGCAGGGGCUGGGUAGAUUUACAAGCACAGGUACCAGGACUGAGAUGAUGUGAAGGGAAGUAUUGGAGAAUUGUAAUGGUGAUGGGCUUGGCUGACUUUGGAAGCAGAUUAAUGGCAGCCUGUCUUGAUGUCUUGUUGAAGUUGUUGCUCCUAGGUUCUUGUAAUGUAAUGUACAAGGUUGGGUAAGAUUUCAUCCUUGCUGGGAACUCAAGCAUUUAAUUAUGCUGCUCUUCACCAAGCAAGAUUUGGCUUAUUAAUGACUCCAUCCAACAUUGUAGGCAGACUGUUGUCAUUGUCACAUAGCAGACAGUUAUUCUUUAUUUUACAGGUACAUCAAACUCAGGUACAUGAAUAGUUAAUAGUACAGGCAGGUGUAGGGAUGUCUCCUGUGACUACUGGGCCCUGCUGUCCCUCUUGCCUUUCAUUAAGAUUAUGUUUGGCCUUUGUAAGACAGAUAUAUCAGAAUGAGGUAUCAGAAUUAACCUUGGAUGUUCUUCAAUUGCAAUUUUAAAAACUUUAUAUUGGACUUGAAAACAUGCCAUUGAAGAGUUUGCAGUAGUUUCAUUGGAAUUAGAUAUCUUUUUUAUUUUAAAGGUGCCUAAGGCUGUAUUAAUGAAACUAAAUCAUUGUGUCCAGUAUCCCUCAAACAAGCCUUCCAUGGGGAAUUACAUUUCACCAUGUGUAUUCUAAGACACCACUGUGUGUUCAAACCAAAUAUUUUGUGCCUAUGGCAUCUGAAAAACAUUGCCUUGCAUUGCUAAGAAGUGGGAAAAGAGUGAAUAUAGCUUGCUUCUCUGCCUUCUGUGUCAGUCACUUUUAUAUAUGUACAAAUAUAUAUAUUAAAAAUACUCUUUCAGGUUGUAUAUAUUCAUGUAACUUUUGCAUUAAGAUAGUCCAUUUGGACUUUACAGAGAAAAAAGAAAAGAAAAAAACAUUCUAAAUGGUGUGACAUUUUCCCUUCUAGCUAAGGGAGUAUUUAUCUUUGUAUAGGAAUCUUCUAGUUUUUGAGAACACAAGUUAUAAAAGGAGAUCGUGCCUUUCUGUUUGAAUGUUGAUUUGGGAGGCUGUUAUCUACAUUUCUGGGUGUUGUUACAUAUCAUUGUCUAGAGAUCCAAAAAGAGCAACAAAUCUUGUCUUCCUCUUCAUUAUUAUUCAUGGGGACCACUGAACUUUGAGGAUGACAGAAGUUCAGUACCUUGCUCCAAAAAGACAUGCUAAAACUUGGGGUGCUUGGUCUUACUCCAGUUUUCUGGUUUGCAGAACAGGUUUGCUAGCUGGUUGCUCUGGAAAUUGCUGUAGUAUUAUACAGGAGUUGUUUAUGAUAUGUCACUUUUAGUAGUGUUAAUACAGCAUUACGCUGCACUAAUCAGUGGAAUCUUUGGGAAAUCUGCUGAUUAAAUUAAAUAUUUCAUUGACAAUCAGUAGCUUUUCAGCAUUUAGGCUGAAGUUAAAUGUUCAUCCAAUACCACAUGGUAGGAUUUCUUUUCAAUAGUGGGUAAAAUUGGAAUUGAUCAUCCUAUUGUUUGCAGUUGCUCUUAACCUUUUAGUUUGAGGUUAGUUGUCCAACAGCUUUCUUUUCUACUUAAUAUUUAAACAAGUGGAUGUUGUUUCAAAGACCCAUUCUUACAAAAGUAAAAUCAAUUAAAGUUUUCUUCCAGAACCAAAUUCUGUUUCCACAUCUGUACUGAAUGGUGUCCAGUAUUGAGUAGUCCUUCUCAGCACAGCUGUUAAUGUAUUUGAACAAAAGUAUUUGAAGAAAUGACUACUUGAGGUAAAUAAAGAAAUGUGGAUUAGCCUGUUGGAAAUAAGGUUAUUUAAAACAAACAAGUAAAUAAAUUUCAGGAGUUUUGAGUGUCUGUAACCUCUGCUGAAAUCAGUGCUGUGUAUUUAAAAUUAGGCCAUUAAUGUUUCUGCUUGAUAGUAAUCUGAAAUUCCUUGUUAGGCAAAUUACUAUUUACCUCUGGUAUUGGAAAUGGAAAACUGACAGUAAUGCUCUUAAAAGAGAGCCUGUGAAUAAUUUCCUUGGCUCUUCUCUGCAGUGACAUACACAACAAUACUGACUGCAUUGCAAUUUUUAAAUAACUCUGCAUUCAUUCUUACUUUCUUUUUAAGUCAAAUCAGUUUUAUUUACACCACUUCACUUUGAUACAGCUAAUAGGGCCCUUGUGAUAGAUUUAGAAACUGAGUGGAGGAAAGAGAUGACUCUUAUUUUAAUUAAUGCUGCAGCUUGUUAAUCUUGUGCUCUUUACUUUUUAGACAUCUUAGGAAAGACAAGUGGUUUUAGCAGAUAAGAAAAACUAUUAAUGAUGAAAAGGAUGGAGGGACACUGAUUCUGAUUUUUAAUGAAUAUUUAAAAAUGUAUAAAUGAAGGAAAAAUUUAAUGCUGUAUUUUUAAUGUGGUGAUCAGAUGACAAGUACUGUCUUUAACUGUUGCUUAUUGGAAGUUACUUUGCAUAUAAUGUCUGUAAUUAAAACUGUAAGACAAGGGCUUUUCUUGCAGUUCCUAAUAGAUCUGAAGUAUUUUUUUAUUAACACAAGGUUAUAUUACACCCAUGGACUAAAAUAUGGACUGCAGGAAGAAUUUGAAUACUGUGCUGGAUUCUGCCUUAAUGUAUCCCAGUACAGGACAGUGGCCUUCAUUUGUCCUUUUUUUUUUUUCUUUCUGAUUUGAGGGGCUUUGUCAACUUGAAAUGGAGAAGUUAUCUAAACUCUUUAAGGGAAGUUGUAUGUUGAAACAUAACCUUGUCUUAAACUUUUGUAAACUGGAAAUCUUCAAAAAUGUAUUCUGUAUUCCUGAAUAAAAUUGGUGUUUUAAUACUGUU